AUGCGGUUGAAAGUCAGUGUUAUGAGAAAACUAGGAAAGACAAGUAAAAAAGGAAAACUGGAGAGAAAAUGGUCUUACCAAAAACAGAAAAUUCUCAAAACACUGACUUUAUCUGAAGAAGAAAUAACAAGAACAACAAGUGACAGAGGCAGUUUACAGGAAAUUGAAUAUAAACAAAACCCUGGUGCUACAAGAGGGCUACUUCAUGUUAGUGAUGAUGUGUUUCAUUUUUUUACUGAUCUACAUAUUCAGGUACAAAAACAAUUAACAGAUAGUAAUUUGCAUUUAAAUUUAGAUAAUAUACAUCUGAAAUGUAGAAAUUUUAUAUUGCAAAACAAUGUACUUAUUCAAAAAUGGAUUGAACUAUUUGAAUAUCAAGAAGAUGAUGAUGAAAAUGAGGUCUUUCUUAUCAUGCUUUUUGAACUGUUUGAAAUAAUUACAGAACACUUUCUACGUAUAUCAUUGGCUGAUGCAAUUACUAAAUUUAAAGAGGCAAUACCAAGAACCAAAAAACAAGCUUUGCGGAGUAAAAUACAAGCUUUAUCCGAAAGAACUGAAGUGGCUGGAAAAAAACCAAGGAUGAGUACUUUGGAAAAUGAAAUUGCUUCCUCAGAUAUUUUUAUUUGUGGAAAAUGUAAAAAAGUAUGUUCAGAAGAACCAGAAUGCAUUAAAGAUCAGAGCAUUGGAUGUGAUUCCUGUAACAACUGGUUUCAUUAUUCCUGCAUGGCAAUAAAGGGUACUGAAAAAUUUCUUCAAUCUGAAGUUUCUACUUGGAAAUGUGUCAGCUGUAGAAAAGGAAAAGGGAAAGGAAAAAGCAGUACCAAAUCAAAAUAA